AUGGCUUACUCUUGGCUGCUACUCUUGCUUACUCAUUCCGGCCUAGCUCUGGAGAGCUGUGACGACGGUCUGGAAGAUGCUUUGCUCUCCAUGUUGCAGACGACGGUGACCCUGGACCGAACCAAGAGGGAUCUGACACUCAAAGAUCAGGUCUACAAUGUGCAUAUCCCGAAGUCUGCUGGAAGCUCAUUCGCCUUGGAUGCGCAAGAGAUUUUGAGACCGCUGCACCUCAUUAGCCAAGAAGGAUGUCUAUCUUUGCAUCAGAGUAACCCGCAGCUGAAAGGCGCCAUCACGAUGCUAAGGGACCCCAGAGCACACGUCUUGUCCCAGUACAAGAUGUGCCGCAGCCAGUGGGUCUCCGAGUUCCGCACGGCCGUGCGGCAGAAAGGCGACUGGGUGUUACCGCACCGCUUCGAGAACUGGGUGGACGCCUGGGAACGGCUCCGGGAAGAGUCCUGGCACGGCGAUUUUACCCCGAGCAACGAGCUGAGUGGUGCCACCAUGGAGCUGAAGAUUCGCGAAUCGCGCGUCAAGGCUUGGGGGGAGCCACCCUACAGCGUGGAUCGAGGCACGCGGCUGCGCAUGGAGGAUUGGCCUCAACUGGAUGGUGGUGGAACGGUUUGGCACUUCACCAAGGUUCCAUUCCAGUGUUAUUCGCCGAUGAAUUUGCAGAGCCACCGGCUCACCUGUAGCAACCCGAUGAAAUAUGAUGCUCAGAUCGACAAGGAGCUGCUGAUUCAGAACGUGAACACCUUGUGGUUCGUGGGUUUCGCUGAAGCGUACCAGUCCUCGCUCUGUUUGCUCCACUGGCGGGUGAAUCAAACGCUGCCCUCGUAUUGCGACUGUAUGGACAAGCAGAGCUGGCAGUCCUUCCAAGGACACACUGAGAACCAGAACAGUACCUAUCAUGGGGAGGCCAAGCUCUCGCAGCUUUCCCGGAAAGUCUUGAAAGAGAUUGAUGCGCUCACUGCCACGGACCGUUUCCUGUAUGACUUCGCCUGGCGGCGCUUUGUGCGGGACUGCGACAUGGUCUUCCAACAGAGCGGGAAACAAAUCCUGUGCAACGUCACUGGUCCUCCCGCGCCGAGUCUUUAA